AUGCAUUUUUUUAAAUUCCCUUACUUUUUAUUCCUUGGAAUUUUACUUUUCUUCAUAAUUUUUGGUUCAGCCGCUGAUGAUAAAGAAGAUAUCUCUGAUGACAGAAAUCUCGUCUCUAAUGCUAAAAACAUUGAUUUUACCGAUGGAAAUAAAUAUAUGGAUGCAGACAUUUAUCUUUCAGGUGAUAUCGAUGAAUUUCUUGAGGAUAUAGAAAUUAGCCAAAGAAGGUUUAGGGGUUCCCCCAGGCAAUUUCGCAGACGUAGGCCAUUUGGUCGCAGACGUAGGUCAUUUGGUCGCAGACGUAGGCAAUUUGGUCGCAGACGUAGGCCAUUUGGUCGCAGACGCAUGUUAUUUGGUCGCAGGCCAUAUUGGUAUGGUGGAUUCGACAGGGGAUGGUAUGUUCAUAAGAGAAUUGAUUAUGAGGUGGUUUCAAAAUUCACGGGAGUUGGAAAUGAUUCCAAAGUCAAUAAAAGCGUUUUCGGAAUUAAU